UGAUACUACUACUACCUUACUAAAAAAAAAAGGGACGCUUGGCCAUAUCCUGAAUUCAGUGGAAAUGAGCUCACUGGCACCAUAUUCUGUUGGGACUUGCCUCACCUCCUUGCAGCCCCAAAAACUUAACCAUUUGAAUUCACUAACAACAACAUGUUCUGUCCAAGUCCAACAACAACCACCAGUUCUUGUACAAAAGGAUAAUCAAUUGAAAAGAAGAGAAGCAAUAGGCCUCUCCUUGAGUUUUGGUCUUCUACAUUCUUUAUUGCAACCAAUAAUACCCACUGCAACAGCUGCUGAAGCAGUUCCAUGUCAAUUAACUGUGGCUCCUUCAGGCCUUUCCUAUUGUGAUAAAGUUGUUGGCUAUGGUCCUCAGGCUGUUAAGGGACAGCUCAUUAAGGCACACUAUGUGGGGAGAUUGGAGAAUGGAAAAGUUUUCGACAGCAGCUACAAUCGUGGCAAGCCACUUACAUUUCGCGUUGGUGUUGGAGAGGUUAUCAAAGGAUGGGAUGUAGGCAUUUUAGGAGAUGAUGGAAUUCCUCCUAUGCUUACAGGAGGUAAACGUACAUUGAAGCUUCCUCCAGAAUUUGGAUAUGGCUCAAGAGGAGCUGGUUGUAAAGGAGGUUCAUGUGUCAUUCCUCCUGAUGCGGUACUCUUAUUCGACGUAGAGUUUGUCAGCAAAGCAUGAUUUACAACUCCAUGGCAGUCGAAUUACCUUCCUUGAACUUCCUUGGAGAUCAGAGCCGAGAUUACUAUUAUUUUUCCCCUUUUAAUUUACAUGUUUGAUGGCUGUGAAAUUACAAUCCAGCUGUGAAUUUACAUUUUUGCUCUAGAUCACAUUGAUAAAGGAACAAAAAGCUGAGAAAAUUAUAACGUUGAGAAAUAAAACUAGUAUCAUCAACUUCCACAUUGGAUGACAUUGGUUAUUUGUGCAUAAA